AUGAAGAGCCUUCAGUUUUCUUUGUUCUUAAUCAUAUCUACGGCUUUAUUGGGAGCUUUUCUCGGAGAGGCCAGGGUUUGGCUGCCCCCACCGCCACCAGGAAAGAAUCCUUUUGAUAUAAGACCUUCGCCAUUUAAUCCGAGCAAGGGUUAAAUAAAGAAUAAUAAUAAUAUAAAAGAAACUAAAUAAAUGAAACCAUUUAUUGUGAAAAAACUUUAA